GCUUCGUGCUGGACUGCAUGUACCCUGGCUUGGUGGUUAUUACCCUAGGCUCCAGUGGUUAAUAUUUUCUUGACCGGGGUACCUAUCCUGUCGUAUGCCCUGAUGGUGUUCUCGUAACUUUCGGGUUGCCUGAUCUGCCAAGGGCGAUGGGACAGUGCAUGACGCUAUUGUUGUGUGCUAGGUUCAAAGAGAAUUGUAUGCUAUAUGCAUGCAAAUCCGCCCCGUUAUUGUUCCUAUUUCAAACUUUUACACUGUUGAAGCGAUCCGGUUUGGCUUGCCAUUCACGGGUUUGCUGCCUGGCAUGCACCUGGCUUCGUGCUGGACUGCAUGUACGCUGGCUUAGCGGUAAAUAUCCUAGGCUGCAGCGUUAACCAUUAGUUCUAUGCAUUUGGGAAACCAUUGUAUGGGAUUAUUGGCGUACAACUUUGAGCGGUGGAUCACUCGGCUCGUGUGUCGAUGAAGAGUGCAGCCAACUGUGUGAAUUAAUGUGAACUGCAUACUGCUUUGAACAUCGACAUCUUGAACGCAUAUUGCGGCUACGGGAUAUCCUGUGGCCACGCCUGUCCGAGGGUCGGCUUUUCAUCUAUCACGGCGCACAUUGAGUCGUGGAUUGGGCGAGUGCCUGCCGGCGUGUAUACCCGCAUAUCAACGCGGGUUGCUGGUCAAAGGCUCCGUCCUAAUAGUCCGGCCACAGCCUAGUCCGGUCUAGAUGACUUGAUUGAGAUGCUGCGGUGGGUUGUGCUCGAGUCGUGGCUUAAUGACAUUAUACACGCUCGGGAAGAAUCGCACCUAUCGUAUACUACGUUGGUCACUUGAUCUUGUCUCUAUGGUUCGGUCUGUGGUUUGUACCGAUGGUGUGUGUAUUACGCACAAAUUGUAUAAUUGACCCUGACCUCGGAUCAGACGUGAUUACCCGCUGAACUUAAGCAUAUCACUAAGCGGAGGAAAAGAAACUAACAAGGAUUCCCCUAGUAACUGCGAGUGAACAGGGAUUAGCCCAACACCGAAGCCUGCGGUUAAUUGAUCGUGAGGCAAUGUGGUGUUUAGGUUGGCUUCAGACAUUACUGCUCUGCCCCAAGUCCAGCAAUGAGUACGGCUUCCCAUUCUGGCCCAGAGAGGGUGAAAGGCCCGUGGGGGUAGAGAUCAAGUGUGACAGUUCUGUUCUGAGCUACCCUUGGAGUCGGGUUGUUUGUGAAUGCAGCCCAAAGUGGGUGGUAGACUCCAUCCAAGGCUAAAUACUUACACGAGUCCGAUAGCAAACAAGUACCGUGAGGGAAAGUUGAAAAGUACUUUGAAGAGAGAGUAAACAGUGCGUGAAACCGCUCAAAGGUAAACAGGUGGAGUUGAACUGCAAGCUCUGGGAAUUCAGCUGAUGAGUGUGAUUUGUGCUUGGGCAUACUGGCCGCCUUUAGUGUCUGUUUAACCGCAGGUGCCUGCCUUUUCGGUGGGUAUGUGUGAAUCGUUUACAUACGACGCACGCACUGUUGGUGUGAGGGUCUGCUUGUCAGUGCACUUUCUCAGAGUGUUCACCACGACCGGCACUGCUGCCUGUCUGCUAUGGCCAAACUGAUCAGGUCUGAUUUCCGUCAGUCUUGGUUGGGUCGGCAGGUGACUCUUUGGCUCAUCUAUGGGCUGUGAGUGUUACUAGCCGGCUGUAGCGGAGCUGUGCGGUGUGUCGGAGAUGGCGGCUUUGCAUGCGUGCCUAGACCUUCGGGCUUUGUUGAGUCUGGUCGGCUCGUUACUAGCUUCGGCUGGUCGGCUGAUGGCUUGAUUUUGUCACGUUGGCGGUUGCGUGUGUGAUUUGCUUUGGGCCAAUAGUCUGUGGUGUAGUGGUAGACGAUCCACCUGACCCGUCUUGAAACACGGACCAAGGAGUUUAACAUGUGCGCGAGUCAUUGGGUGUUACGAAACCCAAAGGCGAAGUGAAGGUAAAGGUUCGGCUUGUCCGGACUGAGGUGAGAUCCUGUUGUCUUGCUCAUACUUUCCAAGUUGCGAGCAGCGGGCGCAUCACCGGCCCGUCCCAUGACGUAGACAUGUGACCUCGUGUUAUGUGCACCGUCGGGGCGGAGCAAGAGCGUACACGUUGAGACCCGAAAGAUGGUGAACUAUGCUUGUGAAGGUUGAAGCCAGAGGAAACUCUGGUGGAGGACCGUAGCGAUUCUGACGUGCAAAUCGAUCGUAUAACGUGAGUAUAGGGGCGAAAGACUAAUCGAACUAUCUAGUAGCUGGUUCCCUCCGAAGUUUCCCUCAGGAUAGCUGGCAUUCUGAGAAAUAAACAGUUUUAUCCGGUAAAGCGAAUGAUUAGAGGCAUUGGGGAUAAAUCAUCCUCAACCUAUUCUCAAACUUUAAAUGGGUGAGAAGCUUAACUCGCUUAAUUGGAGUUUUGCAUUGAAUGUGAGUGCCAAGUGGGCCAUUUUUGGUAAGCAGAACUGGCGCUGUGGGAUGAACCAAACGUUCGGUUAAGGUGCCUAACACGACGCUCAUGAGAUACCACAAAAGGUGUUGGUUGGUCUAGACAGCAGGACGGUGGCCAUGGAAGUCGGAAGCCGCUAAGGAGUGUGUAACAACUCACCUGCCGAAUCAACCAGCCCUGAAAAUGGAUGGCGCUCGAGCGUUGGACCUAUACCGGACCGUUGCUGUAAGCUGGGCCUAUGCUGUGUGAGGGCAAGCUGCACUUGGUCCAGGCAUGGAGUAACGGCAACGAGUAGGAGGGUCGCUGUGGCUAGCGGGAAGCCUCAGGCGUGAGCCUAGGUGAAGCAACCACAGGCGCAGAUCUUGGUGGUAGUAGCAAAUAUUCAAGUGAGAACCUUGAAGGCCGAGGUGGAGAAGGGUUCCAUGGGAACAGCAGUUGACCAUGGGUCAGGCGGUCCUAAGUGAUCCGGUAAAUCGGAACAGAGACGGGGUGCCUGACAUUGUCCGUUCGCGGGCUUUGUUCAGUAAUCUGCAAAGUACUGUUGCAUUGCAGCCCCCUGUAGCGAAAGGGAAUCGGGUUAAUAUUCCCGACCCUGUCCACGGAGAUUGGUGUGUGUCGGGCCUUUGGUUCGGCGUGCGCCCAGCGCGGUAACGCAACCGACCUCGGAGACGUCGGCGGGAGUUCUGGGAAGAGUUCUCUUUUCUUUGUUAGGAGUGCAUCCACCCCCUGGAAUCGGCUUGUCCGGAGAUAGGGGGCUAGCCUCCGUAAAGCACCACCCUUCUUGUGGUGUCCGGAACGCUCCUGUCGGCCCUUGAAAAUCCGAGCGAGGCAGUAUAAUUUUCGUGGCAGGCCGUACCCAUAUCCGCAGCAGGUCUCCAAGGUGAACAGCCUCUGGCAAUUGAACAAUGUAGGUAAGGGAAGUCGGCAAAUUGGAUCCGUAACUUCGGGAGAAGGAUUGGCUCUGGGGGCCGAGUCAGACAGGCCGAGAUCAGAUACGUGUCGGUCCAGUUGGGGGCUGGUUUCUUUGCUGCUUUGUGUGCUUCGGUGCGCGUUGUGGUGAGGUUACUGGACUCUGACCCGGGUCGAUCGUGGGCGGUUUCAGCUGUUAGUGUCGUGCAGCUAGCAACGCGCGAGGACUUGUUCCACGUUGCGUCAAGCGGCUGUACUUCCAUGGUCUGGCGCGCGACGGCUAACUCAGAACUGGCACGGACCAGGGGAAUCCGACUGUCUAAUUAAAACAAAGCAUUGCGAUGUCCACUGAUUGGUUUUGACGCAAUGUGAUUUCUGCCCAGUGCUCUGAAUGUCAAAGUGAAGAAAUUCAACCAAGCGCGGGUAAACGGCGGGAGUAACUAUGACUCUCCACCACACUUUCUUCAACUUUUGUUGUAUAACAAUUUCGGCGUCUGUUUCCAAUUCAUUUCCUACGUUAAAUCAAGUUCUUAAUAGUUUUUCCCAAAUUAUCUUCUCACGUAAUACACGUUUUAUUGUGCAACGUCCUACUGCAUAUGCCUCUAUUUCAAUUCUUAGCUAGUUUCAAUCUGGAAUGUUAUACUGCUUCCAAAAUUUUGGUAAUUUUUAUAUAUUAUCAUUGUCUAUUCUCGUGUUUCUUCUGUUUUUAUUUUUGCUGUUGUGUGGGUUUGUUUGUUUGUGCUGGUUUAGUUGAUCAAGUUGUACUUUGACAGUACCAUCAUCUCUGCAUCAUUAGUCACGGAGAGGGCCUAUGAACGGUCCGUGACGCGAAUAAUAAUUCGUCCUCAACUGCUAGCGCGUUCUGAAUAACGAACUCUCUGGCUUGUCAGUUGUGUCAACGCAAUAUCAAAAGAUGCCGGUCUCAACCCGCGCCGAAACUGACACAACCUCUCUACUACCUGAUCCCUUUUCUUCCAAUCCUUCGUCCAACCAUUCAUAUUCCGACUCUUCUUCCACCUGCCUCAUAUGCUUCGGUGUCUUCUCCACACACGAGACUCUUCUUACGCAUGUCGUGGCAGCUCACCACAUAGUCUGCCGUCCAUUUUCUACCCAACGUGAUGUGCAAAAACUAUUAUGUAUGCUUUGUGCAGCGGUUCUUCCAUCCAACAGAGGUUUAUCACAACAUAUCCGCCAUCGACAUAUCUGUGAAUACAAUGAAAUGCUCCAACGACGAAUCAAGUCUCAGCCCGUGUCACGCAUAUGGUCGCAGUCUGAUGAUGCUUCGCUCCUGACGAUCGCUGAACGUGAGACUAAAAAUUUCCCCACCAAAAAUGACCUGUGCCAACAUAUAUCAACAAUAAUGACACGUAGGACUGCUGAAGCCAUUAAAAGACGGCUCCUACACCUUCACUGGACGAAACCGUCUACCCCAACCCCAGACGCCAUUUCGUACCAGGUCGCUCCCAGCACGCUCAAUACCGACCCUAUCACGUCCCAGGUGUCGCCUACACCUACACUGAACACUGAAGCUCACAAAUCACAUCUUCCCGUUAACGACUCACUAAUAGACCUCAACCAAGCCCAACUGAUACUCGACGCCACAACGUCGCCAGAUGUGACGCCGCCCCCACUACCGCAGCUUCGCGUCGUCUUAACACCUCUAUCGUCCCCGACCCAACUACGAAACCCUCCUCAUGCAGAUACAGCUCCCGACCUCAUUAGGAACCCAAUGCGAAUACCACAGAAUUACACCUGUGACUUAGACGCUUCAUUUGAGAUGUCUCCUCCGCGAUUGAUACACCCAGACAUGUACAGUUAUCAGUGUUCAUCAGUCGAACAGGAAAAACUGUUAACAGCAGCAGUAGAACUCCUCCAAAAUGAAUGCACGAGAAUAAGAUCCUCUAGCCUACUUGCCUUCAUACAACGUGACAUCAUGAAUAUGAGCGCUGAGGAUGUAUCCGCCUCCGUCAACAGCCAUGCAGAUACGGUUUUCCCCAGAACAUGGGUUCCCUCCAAACCUAGGUAUCAUUAUCGCUCCCAAUUAAACAUUUCUCGAAAGAAGAUGAGGAAAAUCGCUUACGCACGUAUCCAGACACUAUUUCAUCACCGUCCAAAAGAUGCUGCCAACACUGUUCUUGAUGGUCGAUGGAUGAAACACCCUGUUGCUAGCCCAUCCGACAUUCACAACUUCGACAGUUUCUGGACCUCUGUCAUGACUAAACCCAGCACUGUGGAUAACCGGGAAAUCAUACAAAUAGUCGACACCACACCAUCCCUCAUCGAACCAAUUCUUCCCUCCGACGUAGCAUGGGCGCUAAAAGAAAUGCAUGGUACCGCCGCAGGAAUAGACCGAUUGGCGUCCUACGACUUGUCACGAUUUGGAAAGAAUGGUCUGGCCGGCUACCUGAACACGCUGCUUGCCCUAGCAUGUCUCCCCAUGAACUUGUCAACCUCACGAGUGACGUUCAUCCCUAAGUCACUAAAUCCCACACACCCCGAAGACUACCGCCCAGUGAGUGUCGCCCCAACGAUCACAAGGUGUCUACACAAAAUUCUAGCCAGAAGAUGGGUGCCACUAUUCCCCCAAGAAAGGCUCCAAUUUGCCUUCCUGCACCGCGACGGUUGCUUUGAAGCUGUUAAUCUUCUCCACUCAGUUAUUCGGCACGUCCACACACACCACACAGGAGGUUCCUUCGCCCUACUGGAUAUCUCGCGAGCAUUCGACACAGUCUCGCACAACUCCAUUAUUAGAGCAGCGAAACGAUACGGCGCACCCGAACUAUUAUGUAAAUACCUUAGCAAAUACUACGGUGACGCCACCAGCUGUCUCAAUACCACGGAGUGUCAUCCGACAUGUGGAGUUAAACAGGGUGAUCCACUUUCCCCGCUACUAUUCAUCAUGGUCCUUGAUGAAGUUCUGGAAGGUCUAGACCCUACGACCCACCUGCAAAUCGACGGAGAGUUUCUAAACUACAUUGCACAUGCGGAUGACCUUGUAAUAUUCGCUCCAAAUGCAACGCUGUUGCAACAAAAACUGAACCGCAUCUCCUCACUUCUGCACGAGGCUGGAUGGUCAAUAAACACUGAUAAGAGCCGAACGGUAGACCUGAUUUCUGGUGGCCACAGCAAACUUACAGCUCUUGCACAAACAGAAUUCACAGUCGCCGGAACUCGUAUCCCACCAUUAUCCGCUUCAGACUCCUUUACAUACCUAGGGAUACAGUUCAAUUUCAAAGGUCGGUGCCCCGUUGACCAUAUCGAAUCACUAAACAACUACCUACUAGAAAUUACACGCGCCCCCCUUAAACCGCAACAGCGAAUGAAAAUAUUAAGAGAUAAUCUACUGCCUAGAUUACUCUAUCCCCUGACUCUCGGAGUGGUUCAUAAGAAUACGCUGAAAUCUAUGGACCGGACGAUACACGCCGCUAUUAGAAAAUGGUUAAGACUACCUUCGGACACCCCUGUAAGAUCCAUUUUGAAUGUUUUGUGUGUUUGUGAAAAUCCCUCCAUGUAUAUACUUGUACUUUGUUCCUAUUGAUUCCCUUAGUUGUACAUUGUUGUAUUUUGAUUACAUUUGAGUUGUUAAUACUUGUAUUUUUUAUUAUAGUUUUUGUUUUCUUACGCAUUCACUAAGUUUGUGUUUCUUCCUGAACUGCAUCUGUGUUGUUUUACUUGACACUUGUUCUUGGCGGUAGCCAUAUUGAUUUGUUCCUCCUGUUGUGUGUGAUCUAUCCAGCCAGGAUAGAAUAACGUUGAUUUGUUGUGAUUGAUUUGAUCAAUUGAACAAUUAUUGGUUGGAUAGCUGAGUGGUUAUAUUUGUUUAGAACCGCUAUCUUACCCAAUUACUUUGUUUUGGUUUCAAUCGGGCGAGGGCGCGUAUCUAACUCAUCCAGACAGCUGUCCAGCAGUCCAAACGUAGUUUGGAUCUUACAGUUCUAAACAAAUAUUUGGUCGAAUUCGUUUGGCUUUCAUUUCGUUGAUUCCAAUCAUCGUCUCUGGGAAUAUCUGGUCGUUCGCUUGCGAUGCCAAACAAUCGUCGAAGGAAAUUAAGUCCAAGGCUCGUGGAUGUUAAAAGAGAUGAACAAAAGGAUGGAUCCCCUCAAUCAAGGCAAGUGCCUUCUGAUGCUUCUAUGUGUCAUGGUUCAUAUUCUAAUAGGGACGAUUGUAAUUAUAGUGAAUCUAGUUGUGAUAUAAUGGCAGAUGGCAUAGAAAACCUUAAUUUAGACUUGAAGCAAGCAAAAAGCGUAAGGCCUACGGCGUUUUUCAUAGGUCCAGAGUUACCAAAGGUUGAGUUAAGUUAUUUCGACGGUCAACCAAGAGGUUACUGGAAGUUUUUAAGGGAGUUUGAGACCUAUGUGGAAUCAAGGGUCAAGGAUGAUGGUCAACGCUUGCUUUAUUUGAUACAUUAUUGUAAGGGUAAAGCGAAAACAGCCAUUGAGGGUUGUGUUAUGUUGGAAGCCUCUUUUGGUUACAAGAAGGCCAAGGAAAUUCUAAAACGGUUGUUCGGACAGGCGCAUGUAAUCGCUCGGGAGACUUUAGAGGACUUAUUCAAAACUACAAAUGUUGAUUACAGUGAUCCUGAGCAACUAACAAAUCUAGCUAUUAGGAUGGAAAAUUGUUCUAUGGUUUUGAAACAGAUGAAGUACACUGCCGACUUAAAUUCUCUAAUUACCUUAGAGAGAAUAGUAGGACUCUUACCUCAAGUUAUGCAAGCCCAGUGGGCGGACUGGGUGGAUGAAUUGACUGAAGAUAAUAGAGAACCAACCUUUGACGAGCUUACUCAAUUUAUAGCAUCCCGCGCGAGAGUAGCUAGUAGUAGGUUUGGACGGUUAGCGAAUCGUCCGAGAAAGGGACACAACUUAAAGACAAAUUGUCACUUGCAAUUGGAGCGGGAGAAUAAUUCGAAAGAGAAAGCUAAAUGCAGUGUGUGUUCCCUGGACCAUGCUAUUUAUAAAUGUCCAAAAUUUUUAGCGCUUACCGUUCAAGAGAGAUGGUCUCACGCGAAGGUUAAUGGCAUCUGUUUUGUCUGCCUUAGGCAAGGGCAUAAAGUUAAUGAAUGUAAGCUGGAAAAACGUUGUAACGUUAAUAGUUGUGAGAAGAAACACCAUUCUUUGCUGCACAGCGAAAGUGAUAAACCUGGUAUCCCGAAUUGUUGUGGAUUUACUAAAUCCCUAAGUAGCCAAGUGUGCUUAGGAAUGAUUCCUGUACGUUUGGUGUUGGGAAAUGCCGAAAUGGUGGGUUAUGCUUUGUUGGAUAACGGGUCUGAUGUAACGUUGAUAAAAUCGAGCUGUUUGAGGUAUCUCGGGUUGAAGGAAGACCGAGCGUCAGUGGUAGUAGAGACUGUGAGUGGUAAUAGGACAAUGACGGUCACAAAGACUCCUUUUGAGGUGUAUUCUCUAGAUCGGUCUGAACAUGUUACGAUCGAAGGGGCUCUGAUUGUCGCAGAUAUUCCAGGUCAUAAGCCAACAAGGUCGGCAGUGAACAACUUAGUUAAAUGGCCACAUUUAAGGGAUGUACCAAUAGGCAACCUAGACUCUGAAGAAGUUCUGCUGUUGAUUGGUUGCGAUGUACCAGAGGCACACUGGGUGUUAGACCAGCGGUUGGGUGGAAGAAAAGGCCCGUACGCUGUGAAGACGUUGUUGGGGUGGACGGUCUUCGGACCUGCGUCAUAUCCGGAAUACAGGAAAAGAGUUGUCAAUCAUACCAGUAAGAUACAGGCUUUGGAGAACGAAAUACGUAAACUUUAUGAUGUAGAGUUCUCUGAUGUUUAUUCAAAUGAUAAAUCAGUAUCAAUAGAAGAUAAGGCGGCUAUAAGUAUUGUAGAAGGGGGCACACGCUUCGAAAAUGGUCAUUUUGUAGUCCCUAUACCAUGGAAGGGGAACCCAGAUAUGAAAGGGGGGAAUUAUGAAGUGGCAAACAGUAGACUACAGAGUUUGAAGCGUAGAUUGUUGAAAGAUGACAUUCUGUAUAUCAAGUAUACAAAAGGUAUUGAAAGUAAUUUUAUUAAGGGCUAUGCGGAGAAAGUCCCUGAAAUACAAGUGCAACCUAGUUAUCGACCCCGGUGGUAUUUACCUCACCAUGCAGUUUUAAACCCGAAAAAACCGGAAAAACUGAGAGUGGUAUUUGACUGUGCCGCCAAGUUUGCAGGCGUUUCUCUAAACGAUAUGAUUUAUCAGGGUCCCGACACAACUGCGGAGUUAGUGUGUAUACUAUUGCGUUUUCGCAAGGAAGCAGUCGCAAUCUCUGCGGAUGUGGAAGAAAUGUUCAUGCAAGUAAAGGUCCCUGAGUCUGAUCGAGGAGCCUUAAGAUUUCUGUGGUGGCAAGAGGGAGACAUGGCGAGGGAACCAUCCGAGUUUCAAAUGACAUCUCAUCCAUUUGGUGCCACAUCAUCGCCGUUUUGCGCGAACUUCGCCUUGAAUAAGACGGCACAAAUAUUCUCUGACGGUUAUGAUGGUUAUGUCGUAGAUGCUGUUAAGAAUAAUUUCUAUGUUGAUGACUGCUUGGUAUCCUUUCCCACUUGUGAUCAAGCAAAGAGUUUCGUUAAGCAGAUAAGUGAAUUAUUAUGUAGGGGAGGUUUUAAACUAAAGAAAUGGGUUACUAACUCGGAGGAGGUAAGGACCAUCUUGCCCGAUGUAUGUAAAGAAGAGUCCUUGAUAGAAAUGUCAGCGAGUUAUGACACUACACAUCGAACUCUAGGAGUAGAGUGGGAUUUUAAACGAGAUGUAUUCAAGUUUUACUUCGAUGCGCCUGAAAGGCCUCUGACUAGGAGAGGGAUUCUAUCUAUAGUUUCUUCUCUGUUCGAUCCUUUGGGUUUAAUUGCUCCAGUCUGUCUUACUGCCAAGGUUCUCUUGCAAAAACUAUGUAAGUCUCAAUUAGGCUGGGAUCAGCCUCUCAACGAGCCAUACGUGUCGGCGUGGCUAAAUUGGGUAAACUUUAUGCGUCAAAUAGGUCAUGUUACGGUAGAUAGGGGUAUCAAGAAGAGAAUUGACGAACCCGACGCGGAAGUAGAAUUGCACCUGUUCAGUGACGCUUCAGAGAUCGGUUACGGAGCAGUCGCGUACGCUCGAGUCAGUUAUUUGAAGGAACAACCCUACUGUAUUUUGUUAUACAGCAAGUCUAGGGUAGCACCUAUCAAACAGAUCACUAUACCGAGGCUAGAGAUGGCAGCGGCAGUGUUAAGUGUGAGGCUUAGCGAAGUCUUACGGAGAAGUCUGCCUAAUUUUUUCUGUAAGGUAAACUUCCAUACAGAUUCCAUGGUAGUAUUGUACUACAUCAAGAAUAUCGAGAAUCGCUAUAGCACCUAUAUAGCUAACCGUCUCGCCAUUGUGCAUCAGUAUACGAAGAUUGAACAAUGGAGUUAUGUAAGGUCGUCACAGAAUCCAGCUGAUUGGACCUCGAGAGGUAUACAAAAAAUGUCAGAUCUUGAGCUUUGGUUCAAAUGUCCUACCUUACUGCAUGGCGAAUUUUGUACAGCAAUCACUGACUGUCCGGAACCUACUCCUGACGAUAUUGAGUUUAGAAAAACUGCCGUGGUUAACUUGAGUAGUAUAAAGUACAACAUGUCACCUAUUCUCGCUUAUUAUUCUGAGUGGUUGAAAUUAGUCAGGGCCGUAGCCUGGCUUAGAAGGUUCAUAGAAUUUCUGAUGGUGCUUCGUUCACCGAGUCAUGAAGGAUCCGUUCAUCUAGGGUGUUUAAAGGUCAAAGAACUUGACGUCGCCAAGCGUAAAAUUUUGUUGAUGGUUCAGAAAGAAGUGUAUGGAGAAAUACUUAGUGGAUUUAAAACCAAUGGUAAGGUAGUUAGUCACAAUGAUCUGAAGGGCUUAUCACCGAUAAUGCUUGAUGGGUUACUCUGUGUUGGAGGCCGACUAAGCUACUCAGAUUUCUCAAAUGCCUUUAAACAUCCGAUAAUAUUGCCCAGUCGACACUUAGUGACAGAAAUGAUAAUUAGACAUUAUCAUAAGGAACAAGGGCACACAGGAACGUCACAAGUACUGGCCACGAUUCGAAAAAGGUAUUGGAUAAUAAAAGGGACCAGCACGGUUAAGAGAGUGAUAGGAAAGUGUGUGACAUGCCGGCGGUAUACGAUGGUUACAGGGCAACAAUUGAUGGCACCACUUCCAGCUUGUAGAGUGCAACAAGGAUGGUAUUGCUUCUCAGCCGUGGGAGUAGACUACUUUGGACCCCUUUUUGUCAAAAGAGGAAGAUCACUAGAAAAAAGAUAUGGGUGUGUAUUUACUUGCUUGCAAACCCGAGCAGUACAUAUUGAAAUGACACAUAGUUUGAAUACUGAUUCGUUUAUAAUGGCCUUGCUACGUUUCAUUGGAAGAAGAGGGAAACCUGCAGAAAUUUACAGUGACAAUGGGUCGAAUUUCGUGGGUGCGGUCUCUGAACUAAAGAGAUUUGUGCAACAGUUGAAUCAGCAAAGGAUAGACAAGGAACUGUCAGCUAGACAGAUUCAGUGGCAUUUUAACCCGCCCUCAUCCAGCCACAGGGGUGGGGUCUGGGAAAGGAUGAUUAGGUCUAUACGUAGACUGUUAUUGUUGAUAACUAGAGAACAGACUUUAACUGAUGAGACCUUAAGCACUUAUUUGAUUGAAGUUGAAAGGAUAUUGAACGAUCGACCCUUAACUCCAGUCGUCCAAGAUGCUAACGAUCAACUAGCCUUGUCGCCAAACAGUCUGUUAUUAUUGAGAGAAUGUGACGGAAUAGUCGAAGAAGGUAGCAUCAGAGAUAAAUAUGACAAACGAUGGAAACAGGUUAAUCAUCUUGCUAAUGUGUUUUGGAAAAGGUGGUUAAGAGAGUAUUUACCGUCUUUACAGAAGCGUCAAAAAUGGUUAGUUGAACAUCGCAAUUUUCAGAAAGGUGAUGUAGUGAUCGUGGCUUCGGACAUAUCGACCCGUGGAAAGUGGCCCUUAGGAGUAGUUGAAGAUUGUAAAAUAGAUGACGACGGAAGAGUUAGAACAGUGGUUGUUCGUACGAACGGUGGGUUAGUCAGAAGAGAUAUACGUAGAUUAUGCCUCCUGGAAGGCACGAAUUAAUUCCUCGCGUAUCAAUGUAAGUAGGUCGAGUAGGCGUACUGUUGUAAGUCCUACUCGUUCCUGUAGUGCGAUAUGUUAUAUAAUGAACCAUGACCGUAGACAUCAAGGUAGCUUGUGUGGUAUGGAGGGAUUUUGGGGGCCGGUGUAAGAUCCAUUUUGAAUGUUUUGUGUGUUUGUGAAAAUCCCUCCAUGUAUAUACUUGUACUUUGUUCCUAUUGAUUCCCUUAGUUGUACAUUGUUGUAUUUUGAUUACAUUUGAGUUGUUAAUACUUGUAUUUUUUAUUAUAGUUUUUGUUUUCUUACGCAUUCACUAAGUUUGUGUUUCUUCCUGAACUGCAUCUGUGUUGUUUUACUUGACACUUGUUCUUGGCGGUAGCCAUAUUGAUUUGUUCCUCCUGUUGUGUGUGAUCUAUCCAGCCAGGAUAGAAUAACGUUGAUUUGUUGUGAUUGGUAAAUUUCUUGCAUCCUUUAUCAACUUUCUUAUUUAUUGUAAUUAGAUUUGAUCAAUUGAACAAUUAUUGGUUGGAUAGCUGAGUGGUUAUAUUUGUUUAGGUAAUAAUGUACACUUAAAUUUAUGAUAAAUUAUAGAACCGCUAUCUUACCC